UCGGGCACGGGCUGGGGCAAAGCCAGGUUGGGCGAGGCCUGCCCCCGGGCUGGGCCCUCGGGCGUCCGCCAGUAUGGAGGCCGAGUCUUUCCGCCCGGGCGCUGCAGCGGGGAGCAGCUCGGAAGUGCUCAGUCUUUGACGGGAUGCCCAGGCAGGUCCACGAGAUCCAGUCUCACAUGGGACGCCUGGAGACAGCCGACAAGCAGUCUCUGCACUUAGUAGAAAACGAAAUCCAAGCAAGCAUAGACCAGAUAUUCAGCCAUCUAGAGCGUCUGGAGAUCUUGUCCAGCAAGGAGCCUCCUAACAAAAGGCAGAAUGCCAAACUUCGUGUCGACCAGUUAAAGUAUGAUGUCCAGCACCUGCAGACUGCUCUCCAAAACUUCCAGCAUCGGCGAUACGCAAGGGAGCAGCAGGAAAGACAGCGAGAAGAGCUUCUGUCCCGCACCUUCACCGCUAAUGACUCUGACACCACCAUACCAAUGGAUGAACCACUGCAGUUUAACUCCUCCCUCCAGAAAAUUCACCACGGCAUGGAUGACCUCAUUGGAGGCGGGCACAGUAUUCUGGCGGGACUGAGGGCCCAGAGACUGACCUUGAAGGGGACCCAGAAGAAGAUCCUCGACAUCGCCAACAUGCUCGGCUUGUCCAACACAGUGAUGCGGCUCAUCGAGAAGCGAGCUUUCCAGGACAAGUACUUCAUGAUCGCUGGGAUGCUGCUCACCUGUGUGGUCAUGUUCCUCGUGGUGCAGUACCUGACCUGAGCCAGCCAGGCCCUGUGGCUGAACAGUGGUCCCGCGGCGUGGCAGUGUGUGUGAGUGUGAGUGUGCAGAGAGAGGGAGCCCCAGAGGCUGCCUUCUGAAAUGUGUGCCCAUCUUAACUGUGAAGACCACUCGGAAGUAAUUGUGACCUGUAACCUGGUGGGAGUUUCAAACCUCUGUCUUUUGUGACAUCUUGGAGGGGAAACUCGUGCUACCAAGAUGUGGUGCUUAGGAAAUGAACGAAGUGUCUGUUCUCU